UCUAUUUUUUUCAGAGAUAUGUGAAUAUGUGAAUUAGAAGAGCAAAAUUAUUAUUGUUGUUUUAAUCUGAAAAAUAUCGCCAUGAGUGGGAUACCUAUCUCUAAAUCUGGUCCCAAACAGAGCUUGAAUCAGAUUGCCACAGCAACAGGAUCUGAGAUUGACAAGUUAGCUGGCAGAAAACUACAACGUGAUUCCUCCACGCUUUCUACAUCCUCCAUUCCUGUCUCUAAACAUCCAGAAGUUUUUAAGGUCGGUGACCGUGUUUGGGUCGGGGGCACAAAACAAGGAACUGUUAGAUAUAUUGGACAAACUAAAUUUAUCAAUUUCCAUAUAUAUUUUGGACCUCGACUGACAAUUAACCAGAAAUUCUAUUAUUUCCCAUUAAAAUCAUUUCUCCCACUUCAGUGA